GAGCUUACAAGUACAGCAUUGCAAGAUGAUCUUCCUUCUAAGUUAAGAGGAUCCCCACAAAAAGUAGCAGGAUAUACUUGCAAGGAUGUAACGUCAUGCAAAGCUAUGGAAUCCCCACGCAAGUCUAUGGCAUCGCCACGCAAGACUAUGGCAUCGCCACACAAGGCUAUGGCAUCGCCACGCAAGACUAUGGCAUCGCCACGCAAGUCUAUGGCAUCGCCACGCAAGACUAUGGAAUCCCCACGCAAGUCUAUGGCAUCGCCACGCAAGACUAUGGAAUCCCCACGCAAGUCUAUGGCAUCGCCACGCAAGACUAUGGAAUCCCCACGCAAGUCUAUGGCAUCGCCACGCAAGUCUAUGGCAUCGCCACGCAAGACUAUGGCAUCGCCACACAAGGCUAUGGCAUCCCCACGCAAGACUAUGGCAUCCCCACGCAAGACUAUGGCAUCGCCACACAAGGCUAUGGCAUCCCCACGCAAGUCUAUGGCAUCCCCACGCAAGUCUAUGGCAUCGCCACGCAAGUCUAUGGCAUCGCCACGCAAGGCUAUGGCAUCGCCACGCAAGACUAUGGCAUCGCCACACAAGGCUAUGGCAUCCCCACGCAAGUCUAUGGCAUCGCCACACAAGUCUAUGGCAUCGCCACGCAAGGCUAUGGCAUCGCCACGCAAGACUAUGGCAUCGCCACACAAGUCUAUGGCAUCGCCACGCAAGACUAUGGCAUCGCCACGCAAGACUAUGGCAUCGCCACGCAAGUCUAUGGCAUCGCCACGCAAGACUAUGGCAUCGCCACGCAUGACUAUGGCAUCGCCACGCAAGACUGUAGCAUCCCCACGCAAGAUAAUGGUAUCCCCAAACAAGGCUAUCGCAUCGCCUCGCAAGACCGUGGCAGUUCCAUGCUAA